AUGGCCGGCCCACGCCCCCGCAGCCUCCCGCUCCUCGCCGUGCUCCUCGCGGCCGCGCUGCUCCUGCUCCCCGCCGUGCUCGCCCACGGCGACCACAAGGGCGCCCACUACGGCCGCAAGCGCACCCGCAACGGCCGCCCCGCCCGCCCCUUCGCCAAGGGCCGCCCCACCGCCAACGUCGGCGGCGCCGUCAACGCCACGCCCAAGCCCAGCACCACCGCCGCCCCGCCCCCCGCGAACACCCCGGCCCCGCCACCGCCACCGCCGGCCCCGUCUAGCACCCCGGCCGCAGCCCCGCCCCCGCCUCCGCCUCCGCCACCCCCAGCGCCCACCUCUACGAGCUCCACCCCGCCCCGGCGUCCGCGCCCGACCGGGCCCGCUCCCUGGGCGCGAUCAACGCCGGGCGCGGCCGUCGCGCCGCUCGUCUCCGCAGCGGACCAGGCGCUGUACCUCAAGUUCCACAACGACAUCCGCGCCAACCACAAGGGCGACCCCCUCUCGUGGAACGACACGCUCUCCGCCGCGGCCCAGAAGGUCGCGGACACGUGCGUGUUCGAGCACUCGGGCGGGAAGGCGAUCGUGUCGUGGACGAACGAGUCGGGGACUACGACCCGAAGAACCCCGUGCCGUCGCACUUCACCCAGGUCGUGUGGCGCGGGACGACGCAGGUCGGCUGUGCGCUCACCGUGUGCGCGCCCCGGCACGAUCUUCGACCCCAAGUUCACGGUGCGUGUCCGGGCCGCGUGUGCCCCCGGUGCUGACCUCGGCGCCGCGCAGAACACCGCCGAGUACUACGUCUGCGAGUACGCCCCGCCGGGCAACAUCAUCGGCCAGUUCGACCAGAUGGUCUCCGUCUAG